ACAGGACGAAGUACAAGCAUUGUCGAAGGAGGUAGGGAAAAGUGAUUAUAUUGAGGAGCGAUAAAGUCAACCUCGAAGAGAUAGAAGCAAAAGCGAGAGAGCGGACGUGAAAUAGUAAGAAAAGGAGGGAUCGAAAGAACGCGGAAACCCGGCGGGAUAGACCGGAUAGACCGCGCACAAUGGAGGGUCGCGUAUCGUGCGGCUCGUCGGCGAUAGCGGCAGCGGCAGCGGUAGCGACAGCGGCGGCGACGGCGGGUAUCGAGGUGAAAGGCAUCGCCGGUGCAUGGAGUACGCAGAAAGGACGGCAGUCGCCGCCAUCGUCACCCCUGUCAUCGCGCAGGCUGGACUCGGGCUCUGGCGCCGCAGCAGCGUUUUUCAACCCCGUCGUUGCCGCCGCCGCCACCUCACAGAGAUGCGCCGCUGUGAAGGGCGCCGUCGCCGUCGAUACCGCAGCGCCGAGACCGCAGUGUAUUUACAAGGAUCGUCCUCUUAUCACUGAGACUAGCAAGGAGGAUGCCAUGGAGCCGGAGACUAAGGAGGAAGAUGAACGACGCUCGACAACGCCAAGUCCCGAGGUAUGCUUGAGGCGGAGUAAACGUUACAAUGAGGAUGGUAGCAGCGAGGAGGAAGCUAAGCAGAAUAGCACUUCCCUGCCUAGCCACAGGCUACCGUCUUUGUAUCGCGGAACAUGGCCCAUCAGAAGAGACGUAUGGGCUAAUCAGCAAAUUGGCUUUCCGACUCAGCAGAGCACAUCACUCCCUGCACACAAUGAUGUGGCCAGCGUGAUAAGUUUCUCGUCAUCUUCGAACUCUGCGGGUCUCGAAGGCAACUCCACGGAGCUGCAAGGUCAUCGUCGACUAGAUGCCAAGGUGGACGUGGUGUACAAUCUACUCGGUAUGCUUGAAAAGAACGGUCGAGAUGAUAUGAGCACGACUUUGCUCUCAAUGAGCACUUCAAUAGACAGUUGCCUGGUGAUGAGACAAUCCGGCUGCCUACCGCUAUUAGUGCAACUGAUUCACGCACCUGGACAAAAUCCUGACACUCGAGACAGAGCUAUGCAGGCAUUACACAAUGUGGUGCAUGCCAAAAGUGACGAGAGAGCCGGUCGCCGGGAAGCACGAGUGCUUCGAUUCCUCGAGCAGUUGCGCGACUAUUGUCAGAAUCUGAGAAUGUCCUUGGAACAGGAUCAGCUCACGGACGACCUUGAGAGGGGACACCCUGCGACGACGAUAGCUGCGCUUAUGAAACUAUCCUUCGAUGAAGCUCAUCGCCACGCAAUGUGCCAGCUGGGUGGCCUCCAUGCGGUCGCGGAACUCAUUGAGAUGGAUCAUUUGGUUCAUGGUAGCGAAAGCGACGAUCAGAAUUGCAUCACAUUGCGACGAUACGCAGGAAUGGCAUUGACCAACUUGACUUUCGGCGACGGCAAUAAUAAGGCAUUGCUCUGCUCCUUCAAGGAAUUUAUGAAGGCGUUAGUCUCGCAAUUGAAAAGUCCCAGCGAUGAUCUGAGACAAGUGACAGCGAGCGUUUUAAGAAAUCUAUCCUGGCGCGCCGACAGUAGCAGCAAACAGACUCUGAGAGAAGUAGGUGCGGUGACGGGUCUGAUGAAAGCCGCUAUGGAAGGCCGCAAGGAAUCCACCCUCAAAUCGAUUCUAUCCGCUUUGUGGAACUUGUCGGCCCACUGCAGCACGAAUAAAGUGGAUAUCUGCGUUGUGGAUGGCGCUCUAGCCUUUCUCGUAGACAUGCUGAGCUACAAGGCGCCGUCCAAGACGCUUGCGAUAGUCGAAAAUGCCGGUGGUAUUUUGAGAAACGUAUCGAGCCAUGUGGCGGUACGAGAGGAUUAUCGAACCAUCGUGAGAGAGAGGGGCUGUUUACAAGUUCUCCUGCAACAGUUAAAAUCGCCCAGCUUGACAGUAGUUAGUAAUGCCUGCGGAGCGCUCUGGAAUCUGUCCGCGCGAUGUUCCCAGGAUCAACGUCUCCUUUGGGAUCUGGGCGCUGUACCGAUGCUACGCAGUCUCGUUCACUCCAAGCACAAAAUGAUUUCGAUGGGUUCUAGUGCAGCCUUAAAAAAUCUAUUGAGUGCUAGACCUGGUUGUAACAAUCUCGUCCAUUUAGACUCUACCGCUCGAGGACUGGGACUGUCAACUUUACCAAGCCUGGUCGCUCGCAGGCAGCGGGCUCUGGAGCAGGAGAUCGACCAAAGUCUGGCGGAAACAUGCGAUAAUAUCGAACCGAGCACGUCGCCAACCAACAAAAAUGAAAAAUUCACAUUCAAACUUGAUCAUAGCUUUCUCGGCGUCAACGCUCAUAGAUUGCGCUCUUAUCAGUUGCACGGUCAGCCUAACACGUCUGCUGUCAAAUGCAACGGAGUUGCCAGGAGCGAGAGUAGAGAUUCGAUGCGUUCUGUGACGAGCACCCAUUCCGACACUAUGUUCGAGCGGGUAAAUCGUCAUGUUCUGAAUGGCAUAUCGCCCACCGAGUCGCAGGUCAAGCAACAAUCCUCGUCGUUGCAUUCUGCUGUCGGAUUCGGCAACAACGGCGUGUGUGGCGACGUUCACCCGAGAACCACCUCCUCCGAGAGAAAAUACACUCUGCGUUAUAAAAACGCAAUACCGGAACAACUAAAGCCUUCUGAUGUUUUCGGUUCGACAUUAAACAAGCUGAAAUGCACGAAUUCUACUAUAUCAUGGGCCGCAGUGCCCAAUCAAGAACCUUCUCAGAUCUCGCUACACUCUUCCAUCGAGAACAAUAUAUCUCUGAUCGAUCAAAGUAUGUCAUCCUUGUCCAAAGCUGGUAGUCAAUCUAGCGUGUCCGAGGAAGUCGAAGCGACUGUUCGUAUUAAAUUGGAUUAUCGAACAACCACAGAUGCAAUUGUUGACAAUUCAAAGCUGACCUCCGACCUGUCUGAUGUUCCUUCUAUGAAAGAAAACGCGAGGAAAGUCUUAUUGCGCAAACAUGACACACUAAACAGUGUUCAAAAAGCAAUAUCGUCCGCAACGAUCAUUCAAAGUCCGGACGAUAACUUAUUCGGUGAUUAUGCUGAAACAGAUUUGGAUCAACCAACCGAUUAUAGCCUGCGGUACGGCGAACAAACUAUAGAUGACGAGAAGCAAUCCGAUUUCUUCUCAGGCAAUGAUCAAGGACUUCAGCACGAGGACACAAUUAAAACUUACUACACGGAGGGAACGCCGCGUGCAUCCUUGAACUCGUCCAGAGCCACUUCCGCUUCCGAUCUGCAGGAUGAUAGUCGUAUAAAGAACUUGUCGAAGAAAUUACCAGAACGAUAUAAGGCGAGUCAUGUAGAUAGUCACGGUGAAUGCAAAGCGCCGUCAUUGAUGAACGUACCAAAACUGAACGACUUUGCCAAAUCGGAAACGGAGUUGAAUUUACGAGACGUGACACGUCUUACGGACGAUGAGAGUGCAAAUCAUUCGUUACCAUAUCUUGAAGAUCAAGACAAGCAAAAAGACAAUCGAGAAGAUGCAAUUGUGCAAAGUCAUUCAAGUGUAAGAACGACGCCAAUUUCAAUGAUAUUAGGAAAUUCUGAAUAUAAUGACGAUCGUAAUGGGGAAUCCAGCUCUAGGAUUAACAGUCUAGACUCCAAACCAAAUAAAGUAAAUAAAAAUUUACCAUUGAGUGACAUUGAACUCUCAGCUGACAGUACUAGUUUAAAGAUUUCCAAUAACGAUUCAGGAUAUCAAGUUAGCGACGGAGACGAGGAUGAUGAGGAUUUAUUAGCCGCUUGUAUUAACAUUGGAAUGCAAAAUAAUCGGCACAGACAUUCCUUUAUAGGAAAUAAUCUCGAAAAACUUCCUCGAUUAGAAAAUAAUCUGACUCGAUAUCAAACUAGUCUUGCUUUAAAUCAAGUCGAACAUAAAGGAACUGUAAUGUCCGAUAGUUCAUCGUUUAAUGUAAAGUAUGUAGAGCCUCGUGGAACCACAGCUGAAAACAUUUUGGCGGAGAAGAAUAGAGAAGACAAGAAAGAUAAUAAUGGAAAACUAUCUAAAAAGAAUCUUCAAUUGGAAAUAGUCACAGUAUUUUGUUCACAGAUAACGACAAACAUGGAUAAUAUACAUAAUGAGAAAUCAAAUAACACUACGACCAUGAAAACAGUAAAUGGUAAUAAUCUCAGCAAUAAUUUCUCAGAAGAGGCAAUAUCUAUAUUACAGACAUCUAAUUCAUCUUUAGAUAAAAACGUUCCCAAUGAUUUUGUUAUAACUGAUGAACCUGGCAGAGAUCAAAAUAGCUCCAUUAGAGCAGACGAAGCAAUAAUUGACGUUCAACUCACAGAUAUACCAUCUAUGAAGCAAUCAAAAGAUUCUGAAAGCAGCGAAUCGAUCGACUCUGUCGAGCAGUCUGAACAUGCGCUUUUAGAAUUAUGUAUUCAAUCCGGUAUAAAAUCCGAAGGCAACAUCACAUUGAAUCAAAGUAACGCAGAUUAUGUUAAGUCACAAUUAAAGUUAUACAACAAACAAAUAGACAUAAUAAAAGGAAGAAAUAAUGAUGAAAUUGAGAUUAAGGAUAAUAGGAACGGCAAAUCGGAAACAACCUUUGAAAUCAUGAGGACCUUAGAUGUUCUUCAUCGUGACUGUGCAGAGAAACAUACAAAAGAAGAGACAUAUAGGCGACAAAGAGAUCCCGAUGCUAUGAUUGCUUCGUUAGAUCGAUUGACGGCAACGCUGGUUCAACAAACCGAAGCGAUACGUGAACGAGAUUCCGGUACGAUGAAACAGAGUGUAACGUGCGACACAUGGAAUGAGGAUUCGCCCAAUGACAUUUCCUUUCCCAGCAUCAGCAUGAGCGCACCGUUGGUGGCUUCAUUCAACAGCGACGCACAGGAAAAUCAGCGUACUACUAUAUCAGAGAAUACCGAGCAGAUUAACAUGACAGAGUCAAAAAUCAUCCAACGCGAGGCUAUCAAAUUAGCAGAAGCGGUGGACGCAGAGAUAAAUAACCAGAACGAGCUCGAAACAACGAGUCUGAUAUCCAUUGACCUCGAGGCGAUCAAACCGCCGUCCUCGAUGGGAAGUUUACUUUCAUUGACGGCAAGUUACGCUGGCACUGCUGACAACACUGAGAUGUUCAUCAACCGAGAUAGGUGCUAUUCUACGUCAUUACCACCGGCCCCAAUGAGAAAUUUCAAUGAUUCUCGCAACGUGCGGAAGAAGUCCUUGCCAGUUGGCGUGGUAGCCAAGCGAGCACUGGGUCAAGGUCAGAGCCACACGACUAGCCUGGAAAAUCUGCUGAACGAGUGCACCAACUCACAUUUGGAGAAUGUCAAACCACCAUCCAUGAUGGACGAACUGCCAGAUGUAGGUGAUAUGGAGAAUAGCAUGUUAAGCGUGGCUAGCAUUACAUCGGAGAUUGCGGAUUCGAAAGAACAAGAAUCACAUAAUUUGACUGGCAGCGAUCCAGCAGUGUUUGAGAUGCUGAAGCCAGUUGCCAACGUGCUGUCCAUGACAUGCAUGCAUUAUGUCGAAGGUAUGCAGAACAGUACGAGUAACAGUCUGAGUGAAUGUCUGGAGAACAUCAAUCCACCGUCCUUGUUCAAUGAGGUGACUGAAAUGGAUGAAUCCACGAUGGAAGCAACUACCGACAUUAUGUGCAGCGACACUUUGUGCAUAGAUAUGGAGUUGCACACUGAUGAAGUGGUACACUCGAUCGUAGCGGAAGUGAUUGAUGAAGCAGAGAACGAUACUGACGAGGCAGUCACGCCAAUCUCGUCCGAAUAUUGCGUCAGCAGUUCGGCUGAAUCGACGCCGAAGAAGCGAUCGCAUUCGAAGAGCUAUUUAACCCCGAAACAAAAACGGAACUUAGCGAAAGAGAGAUACAAGACAUAUACCAUUGCCGCAGAGAUCAUCAAGAAAGAAGAGGAAGAACGACGAAGACAAGACGAUAUCGUCAACGAUGCGGGCAAUAGAAUUCCACGUAGAAAAUGUUCUCCUUUCUCAAAACUAACGCCAAAGCAACGCAGACAAGAGAAUAGAGCGAGAUUCCAGACACAAGUACUAGAGAAUCCUUUUCCGGAUCUGAACGUAGUCCAAACUAAGGAAGAGACAACACACAAGAUGACCAUUGAAGACACCGUUGAGAAACAGGAAGUUAUAUCCUCCGUCAAGUCUUCAAUUCCUAUGCUCACGAAGUUGCCCGUGUGUAAAGCAUUGAGAAGGAAACACGGGGAUUCGCAAGAAAACAGGGAGAGAUAUCGUACAAGGACGUUGAACGAUUCAGAAACCAUGUUCAAAGAGAUGGAAUGCAAUUCCGCUUCCAAUCAAGCUUCAAUCACCGGCAUAAUGGAAGAGGGGCAAGCAAGUGCGCAAGAAUACGUGCGGGAGGAAAUUCAAAGCAUGCUAGAACAGAAUACCACCAUCGUACUAAACACUCUAAAUGAGUCAAACAAAGCUAAUGAUUCGACCGCAGAUGAUAUUUUGCGUUGCGAGACUACUUUGGCGUUGAAUGAUCCCGAAUCAAAUCAUAACCUAAGAAUGCAUUUCGUAAACGGACUUUCAAAAAAACUGACAAGUACACAAUACGACAACGACGCCCAAACUCCCGUGGCAAAUAUUGACAAUGAGGAAUUGGAAGGCGAGCACAUAGAAGUCGCUUACGAGAAUCUGGGCUUGGCAAACCCAGUUGAUUCAGGCAGCGACGAGGAGUCCAAUUGCGCUGAUAAAGGACAAGAACCUAGAGAAACAAAAAGAGCACGAAUAAUCAAGCCGCCAACGCUAGGUCGAGAUCCGAGCAUGGAUUCCACUGGGACGGAUAAAUCUGAGCCAGAAAGCCCGAAGACUAUUCGAGGACGAAGAAAAGCACUAUAUUCCAACCCAAUAACGCGAAAGCCGACCCCACAAUCCUCGCCAUUGAAGCAAGUGAACUCUGUCAGUGGGAUACCAAUAGGUCGCAGCAAUACUUCACCCAUUGUUAGAGCUACUAGAGCCAUCACUUUGCGAAAGAAUAACAAUAGUACAAUGGUUGCUACGAAGGACUCUCCGAAAUCUAAUACGAGUCCGAAGAGGACUUCGCUUUCCGUGGACGUAGAAAAGAAGACACGAAAUUUGGCGACUGUUUCUAAAAGGGCGUCCGUACCUCAAAGGGGAUCCAUGUUAAUUUUCACUAAACCCACUAAGCGUCAUAGUACACCUUCGGCUUGCUCGUCAAACUAUCAAAACGAUAGCAAACCGUCAGAAGUCCCAAUUAAGCUAUUGGAACGUCAAGGAACUUUUACAAAGGACGAGCCAGAGGUAGAUAAUGCACCGACAGUGCAUUCCGCGUCGUCUUCCCCAAUAAAGACGAAGAUCGCCAAACCGAUUAGAGGUGUUUCAUCGAAGAUAUAUUCGGCAGCGGGAAAAUCCAAACUCUCUGUGAAAACGCAACAAGAGUAUCAGCCAAAAAUUAUGGUUAACAGUUCCGAAAAGAUGCAAUCAUCUAAAGGAUUGUUAACGGUACCGAAAAAAAUAUCAUCUGGAAAAAUAGGUGUGUUAACAAAAGUUCUUAACGGUAAUGUGCUCCAGAAUGACAAAACCGUUCGAAAGAUCAAUCCACUGGGACAACAAUCUAAUAGUAAUUCCAGCAUAAUUUCUAAUUCACCUAUGAACGUACAAAAUCGUAAGUUGGCGAAGGAGGCAACGAGUAAGAUUGCGAAUCUUUGGAAGAAGGUCGAGGAAAACAAGAAUAAGCAGCGUUUCGAGAAGCCGGACACUAGGCAAUGGAUAAGGCCCACCAAUAGUGCCACUGAGGUAAACGUCGCAACCGCUGGCACAUUCAACAACCCGCCAGCAUACAGACUAUUCCGCAGUUCCACGUUCGAGGGAAUUUCCCAAGAGAACGGCAGCAAUGGCGAGAUAUCGUCCUACAAAUCCAAAUCCAACCGACAACCAGUUUUAGGCACGCAGAUCGAAUGUGACGGUCUUAAGUACAGGAACUCUUGCGAUUUCACGGGUAUGAAUGCCUAUGAAGCGCCUUGCAAGAUACCAGUGAAAUCUUCUGUACAAGAAACGUACAAGCGGGAAAUCACACAGUUGAGUGAUAUUCUAGUGAUCAUGAAGAAGCAACCGAGCGCUGAUCUCGCGGCAGAAGCGGAUCUCACCAAAAGAAUAUCCAGGCUUGGUUCUUUCAUUCGAGUGGACCCAAUGACAACAGCGGAGGACAGCAGUAGCGGAGUGCGGAUGCCAACUUCAGCAAUCGUAUCGCUUUUCAACUACAAUCCAAACUCAGACAUUCCAUCGCAAGCGGCCAAAAUUAGAUCGAACGAGGAGCAGGGUAAAUUAGAAACGAUAGAUUGCUACACACACACAGAAAUAGCCACAGGAUCCACUCGGGUAACGACGGUAUAAAGAGACGAACCCCGUAAACAAAACAUAAAUAAAUUCUGUAAUAAUCGUCGCCUCUUUUUCGUUCCUGACUAGUCAUUGUGUAUAUUCGCUUGCUAUAAUAAGUUUGCUCGCACACAUUCGUCAUAUGUGAUACGCAUUACAAGUAGAUAAUUUUAAUCUUAUAUUCUUUGU